UGGGGUUUGUCAGCAAACUAAAUUUUUUCGACUUUCUUUCAAAUUAUUCUUUCACAUAAUAACUUCUUUAUGAUGGCUCAUGAUUGAUUCGUAGUGUUCGUUGUCGGCUGUUUCUAUUUUUUAUUGCCGGUAAUGUCAUUUUACAUUGAGAUGCUUUCGCGGACCAUUCAUGGGAUACUGAAAGUCGGUCCAUCUGCGGUGUCAGCUACACGAUUGGGUUCUUCUUUCAACUUUCGCGAUGCGUUCGACAUCUCAUCACAGCUUACGGAGGAGGAAAGAAUUCUUAUGCAGUCAGCACAUGAAUAUUGCCAGGAAAAAUUACUACCCCGUGUAACUGAAGCCUAUAGGAAAGAAAAGUACGAUCCUACCUUGAUACCUGAAAUGGGUAAAAUGGGGCUGCUGGGUGCUCCUUACCAGGGUUAUGGAUGUGCUGGUACGACAAGUGUUGGUUAUGGGCUCAUUGCUCGUGAAGUUGAAAGAGUUGAUUCUGGGUAUAGAUCAACGAUGAGUGUGCAAACCAGUCUAGUUAUUGGACCUAUUUAUAAUUAUGGUACUGACGAACAGAAAGAAAAGUAUAUUCCUGGAUUGGCCAGCGGUGAAUUAGUCGGUUGCUUUGGGCUGACUGAGCCUAAUCAUGGUUCAAACCCGAAUGGAAUGGAAACAAAAGCAAAAUGGGACGAGAAAACGAAGACUUAUCGACUUUCUGGCUCAAAAACUUGGAUUAGCAACAGCCCCGUAGCUGAUGUGUUGAUAGUAUGGGCGCGAAGCGAUAGGCACAAUAAUGACAUCAAGGGUUUCAUUCUCGAAAAAGGCAUGGACGGACUUACUUGCCCGAAGAUCGAGGGUAAAUUGUCACUACGAACAUCGAUCACCGGUCAGAUUGCUAUGGAUGAGGUACCGGUACCAGAAGCUAACCUGCUCCCCAAGGUGAAAGGUCUUGCUGGUCCAUUUGGUUGUUUAAACAAUGCUCGCAUGGGUAUAGCUUUUGGUACGUUGGGUGCCGCAGAAGAUUGUUUCCAUCGAUCACGCGAAUACGCAAUGGAGCGGAAACAGUUCGACAAGCCCCUUGCACAAAUGCAACUUAUACAGCUCAAAUUUGCCGAUAUGCUCACGGAAAUCACCCUUGGUUUGCAGGCAUGCUUGAGGGUUGCCAGGUUGAAGGAUGAGGGCCUGGUCAGACCCGAGCAGAUCUCGAUGAUCAAGAGAAAUUCAUGUGGUAAAGCGUUGGAUAUAGCGCGGAAGGCUCGAGAUAUCCUAGGUGGAAAUGGUAUUGUCGAUGAAUAUCACAUAAUGCGUCAUAUGAUCAAUCUGGAAACGGUAAAUACUUACGAAGGCACUCACGACAUCCAUGCGCUAAUUCUUGGCAGAGCCAUUACGGGUUUGCAGGCUUUCCAGUAGACUUCAUCAGCUGACAUCUGCGACAAAUCAUGUCUUGCGGUGAUAGUUUCUGGAAUCAAGGACUCGUCUCGUUAAAAUUUGAAUGCCAUUCGUACUUGUGAUUACCUCAAUUUUUGACAAUUUGCAGUAUCAUUUCAGUUUGUUUUAUCUUGUUUUACGCAGAGACUGUCUUAUCAUCACUACCUUCACACCCUACCUGAGAUCCGGUGAUACUUAACAUGAUGC